UCUGAUUCUAACGCUCUGAUUCUAACCCUUUCCCAGGGUCCGUGUAAGAAUGUCAUCACUGUUAUCCAGAAGUUUCAGGACAGUCUGUUUGUCUGUGGGACCAACGGGAACGAGCCCCAGUGCUGGAAGCUGUAUUCUCAGAUGCCCAAUCACACACUUGAGAUAGUCGAAAGUUACGAAGGCACUGGACUCUCUCCUUACGUUUACUCCCAGAAUGCACUCUCCCUCACUGUAGAGGGAGACCUGUACUCUGCUGCCCCUUUAUACAGCGAUGGGAGCUCACUGCAGUUCAGAAGGAAAGCUGGCAGCAGAACCAACGUUUGGAUGUAUGACAAGUGGGUGACCGAGCCCACGUUCAUCUCCGCCUGCUGGGUGAGACGUAAGGAGGAGCCAGACAACGAGAAGAUAUAUGUCUUCUUCAGGGAGAAGAACUCUGACAGCAGCCCUGAAGCUGAUCACUGGAUCUCUAGAGUGGCACAAGUCUGUAAGGUGGAUGAAGGCGGUUCUAAGCGGUUCUUGCAGAACAUGUGGACGUCGUUCCUGAAGGCUCGGCUGGUGUGUGGGAUUCCCAACGACUCGCUCUACUUUAACCGUCUCCAAGACGUCUACGUGCUUCACGCGGAGGAAUGGAGAGACUCGCGAGUCUAUGCUCUGUUCACUAGCAGCUGGUGAGGAAAUGAUCCUGUCUCUGUUGUCUCCCAGCAGCUACUGAGUUCUCCCAAUGCCCCAAAUUCUAAACUA